AUGGAGGCCGCCCAGAUCAUCAACAUGGCCCUGAACCUCAGCGAGUCGAGACGGCUUGCCUCUUGGAGGAUUUCGCAGCCGACCCCGCCGAGACUGGCACCGCUUCCAGACAAUGCUCCCGGAGGCAGUCUUCGGUACCAUCUCCAACAGCAAAGAAAGGUGUCGCGUACCGUGUCGCCCAAGCCCGACCGGUCGCCCCGGGUGGGCGCUCCGCGGGUUUUUAGCCCCCUGCAGCCUGCCUUUGAGCCAGGCGCCACCUACCGCUACCAUUUCUCACAGUCGACCCUCGCCAGGGCUCAAAAGGCCAAAGAGUACCUGGAUUUGAUGGCACAGUACCGGCGGCUCCUUGAGUUGGUGCCCCCAUUAGAGCCUGAGCGGACAACGCGGCCGUGGACUGCCACUCCCCCAGUCACGCCGAACGGCUCGGCCCCAGUGUCCAGGACGUCGACGAACGAGCCAGAGGCACGCAUCGGACGGCCUUACAACCCUCUACAGUACAUACGGAACCGCAAAGUACGAGUGCGCGAGCGGAGGACUAUCGAUGGCGAGGCGCAGGGCUUCCACGAUGUCCUCAAAGUUUCCGAGUGGAUUGACGAUGUCGCCAAGUGGGUGGCCACGGGACAGGCUUGCCAGCCGGGAAAUUCUGCACUCCCUCCGUUCACAGGUGCCCAGGCGGCGUUGCAAGCCUCUCCGCCAUCAGCUAACGGGAGAGCUGCUGUGGCCAAGCCGAGGCGACCCCGAGUCGACUGGGUGAUUGAUCCAGCCGACAUGCUGGCAGACGCGUACUGGCUCGAACUCGACAACAACAAGAGGCUGGUUGAAGACCGCCACUGGCGGCGCGUCUUUCCUCAGGGACUCGAUGUGCCUCGGCCAAUGUCCCGCGAGGAGAUGCCGCGGCUGUCCACCCCUGCGUCCACCAGAGAAUCAUUAGAAACGCAUACUCCUGGGGAUAAAUCCACCCCGGACCCGCCCCCAUCACGACACGAGCAUGAGCAUGUGCUCAGUGCAGCCCGAGACCGUGCCCAGCAGAAGUUCCGGGCGCUCACGGGCUCGCAGCACCGGCAUACCGGCUCGAUCGCCAACCGCGACCUGCUCCGCCUCCACCGGGGCUCACUGUCAGAGUCGUCCGACACUGACAGCGAUCGUCGGCGCGCAAAGGUCGGCCCAGGUAGCAGUGUGAGGUCAAUUCUGGAGAAGCAAAUGGAGGAAAUGAUCGCUCGGGAGCAGAGAGAGGCUGAAUCGCACCCGCUCUACGACCACGAGGCUCAGCGUAUCCAGUCUGCACCCAUGACACCAGAGCGGGAGCCUCGCGCGUCUCAGGAUGCCAGCAGCCGACGGCGGGCCGACUGGCGCCCUGAGCUCAGCGAGGCAGAGCUCAGAGGGCUUGGCCUGAAGCCGGUUCCGCUGUCGCACUCUUCACCGCCGCAGACGACCCGGACCAGCUUGGAGGUCCCAAGGAACAGACGGAUGUCAGUUGAGGACGAUGCAUCGCAACCAAACUCGCCGAACCUGGGACCAGCCAGGGAUCUGGUCCCAGCCAUCGGCAAGGACCUGUCGCCCAUGUCCAGCAGGCCAAGCUCGCCGCAUCGGAACCCGCUGACCAAGGUCAAGAGCAUAUUCCGCGAGCGCAGCAAGGAACGACACCCAGAUGCGCACGCUACUGGAGACGAUGGAGUUUCCGCCUUGAGCCCUCCUGAGCACUGGAUCGGCUCAUCGGAGACGACUGGAGGCGGCAUCCCACCACCCCAGCGGAGGCCCUCGCGGAGCCCGAUUAGAGAGCGAGGCCACCGGUCGCAUAAGAGUCUCAGCAGCGCCAAGCUGCGCGGGGAAGAUGGUGGCAUCAGCUUUCGAUCGCUACUCCGCGGCCCGCGCAUUGAUACGGUUCUGCGCAGCGGCGUAUCCAAGGUCGGCGACAUGCUCUGGCGUAAGGACGACGACUCCUCCAGCACCUCCUCGGACGAUUCCGAGGCCGAGUCUCGGGGUAGAUCGAGGCGUCCUCUACAUGGCUGUAGCCUAACCGUGCAAGAUGCCCAAAACCUGCUCGAGGCACCCCAGCUCGUCCACGACCUGGCCAAGUCUGGUCAGCUUCCACACCCGCCAGCCAGGCCGAUCAGCCGCAGGUCUUCUAGGUUCGAUCUGCUCAAGCCGCCUAGGAUCGACGUGCAGAAUGCCUCCCCGAGCACGUCCCCGCCUCCGGUCUUGGUACGCCAGCAUGGGCCCGCCGGAUCGGAUACGGAGUCGCAGGCCGAACGGGAUGAUGCACGCGCAGCUACAGCCCGCUUGGACGUGGCGGUGAUUGCCCCCAACCACUCCACCACACCCUCGAGCCGGCAAUGGUCCAUCGCCGACCGUAGCACGCCUCCCGCCCGCGCAGUUGUCUCCAAGCGCGAGAUCGCCCGCCUGCGGGCCUUGCUGCUCAGCUCGGGCAUCUACGCAAUGGAAAUAGACAGCCGCGCCAAACAGUCAAAACUGCUGCCCUCCCCAACACCCCAAAUCGCCGCCCAUAAUUCUUUCCCCCUCCCCAAACCAGACCACAGAACUGGACAUACCCUCUCCUGGCCACAAAUCGCCCUUCUCGCGACCGACUCGGAGACAACAACCCAAAACCGCCAGGUUCACACUUCAAGCACGCCGCAAACGGACCUCUACCCCCUCGCCGCCCGCACCCUCGCCUCGUCAGUCACCGCCUCAACAUCCCACUUCCACGCCGUCUCGUCCCAAUUCACCACGGAAACAGCCCCCGCCCUCCUGCACCACGUCGAGUUCCUUCGAAACAAAGUCGCUGGGGAACUGACAAGUCUCGCGCAGUCGGCUGCCGACGCCGCGGACGAGGCGAAUCACGAUUUGAUUGUGGGCCAGCGGCUGAAGGUUAAGAGGGUUGUGGACGCGAUGGAUAUGAUGUUGAGGCGGAGGAGAAGAAGGUUUCGGUGGGUUCGACGGGCUGGGUGGCUUAUUGUGGAGUGGGUCCUGGUCGGGUGUAUGUGGUAUGUGUGGUUUCUGGUUAUGAUUGUGAGGGUUGUGUUGGGGGUUGGGAAGGGGGUUGUGAGAGGGGUUCGGUGGUUGCUUUGGCUGUAA